GGUGUGUACAGAUACCCUCUGCUACUGCGAGCCUUCGUUCUUCUACACUCCCAUUUUUUUGACUUGGAAGCUUUGGUUCCUAAAUUAAAGAGCUCUUCUUGCACUCCCACUGGAAAAGAAAUCAUUUUUCUGCUUUUUUUUUUCUCCUUUCAAAAUUCCCAUUUUUUGAAUCACUCACUCAGCUUUAUUGUUCCAUCCUUCUUGCCACCAGGUAUACGUUUCUGUUUGGAGUUUGAUGAAAAGUUGAGAUUCUGGCUCUGCAAUAACGUUGUAAUACUUACAGAGUAUAUUUAAAUAUGGAGAAAGCUUCUCCCGAUUGCCCCUACCCCGGAUGCUUCUUCUGUGUCAUGAAGGAAGGAAAUCCGAACAAGCGGAGAGCGAGUAUAUUAAAGUUCUUCCACGAGCUUCCCUCGCAAGAUGACGAUGGUCAAGUUCUUCCGAUCAGUGGACUUUGGAAUACUGCAAUGGCACACCCUAAUGAUCCCGAGUUUAUUGAGUUGGGGAUAUUUGAAUGCAUGGCAGCGCUUAUUUGGAAGGGCUUAAAGAACCGUCGAUGGCUUUCGCAUGAUCAAAACAUAUAUAUUCCCUACUAUGCAGCCCAUAUAAUUGGAUCGUAUACCAUGAAUAUGGAGGAGUUUGCCGAGAGAGCUGUACGUGCCGGGGUGAUUCCGCCCUUGGUUGAACUUCUAAGCGGGAGGCUAACGUGGGUUGAACAGAGAGUUGCUGUACGAGCUCUAGGUCAUUUGGCAACCUACACUAGUGCGUUUCCAGCUGUAGCAAGUCACGGUGAGAUUCUCGAGCUUUCCAUUCAACUGGCGAUGAGUUCACUCGAAAUAGUUUACUCUCACUUUUACCAGUACGUCGACAGAAGACUUAGUUACCACUGCGAUCUUCUCACACGUGGAAUGGGAGGAGUCGAGAUGGAAUCCCGGAAGGCAGAAGAAUGGGCCAGUCAACUACAGUGCUGGUCCCUUCAACUUAUUAACUGUUUUGCUUUCAAACCCGAAUUUCUUCCCAUUAUAUGCAAACCGGAAUUUCUAUCUAAACUUCCCGGCAUGUGGGGUGGACUCGUUAACGAAAAUUCACCUGCUGGAAUUGGUCUGUUAAGGACAAUUUGUCAUCAUAAACUCGGUCGGGGACCCGUUGCUGCCUGCCCUAGUAUAAUUGAUGCAUUAUGCAAUAUUGCACGCUCAUCGGAUGACUGGCAGUAUAUGGCAAUCGACUGUCUUUUAUGGUUGCUCCAAGAUCCAAAUACCUGCCUCAAGGUAAUUGACAAGGCGGUGCCAGCACUCGUUGACCUAGCUGAAAUUUCGACUCUAGGGGAUCACAAGAAGCUCGGGGAUUCCAUUGUUAAUGUUCUUCAGGAAUGCAUUGAAUCGCAAGCAACGGGCCGCAACUCGAUCAGUGGGCGUGUGAAAGAAGAAGUUGAGGAACUAUUAAGUUCGAGGCAGAGGUUGAAGUGGGAAAAGAAUAUGCCUAAAGAGGAUCUACAUAUUAAACAGGCAGCAGCACUCGUGGUAAAACUCGAAGGAAAUUCCCUCUUUUCGUCGGGGAACAUAUCCGGAGCUGCGGGUAAGUAUUCAGAAGCACUGGCUUUGUGCCCGAUCCGAUCGAAGAAAGAGAGAGUGGUACUGUAUAGUAAUCGAGCUCAGUGUCAUCUUUUACUGCAACAGCCCCUGGCUGCCAUAAGCGAUGCUACGCGUGCACUAUGUCUUCAUAAUCCCGUGAACCGUCACGCCAAAAGCCUCUGGCGAAGAGCGCAAGCGUAUGACAUGCUUGGUUUAGCUAAAGAGAGCUUGCUAGACGCUAUUUUGUUCAUUAACGAAUGCUCUCAGUCUACUGAUCCCGAUCUCUCCUUGAGGCAAAAUAAAGUUCCCGAUUAUGCCGAGCGUUUAGUCAAGAAGCAAAUGCGUGCAGCUUGGCUGUUUAGAGAGGCUGCUCUUAAGCACGGCAGCGUCCACUGCGAAGGCGAUGUCGGAGACAUGUGCGGUCAAGACACCGAUGACUCUGAAUGGGAGACGGCAAGUGAAAGUGACGUUGGAAAUGAUGGAAGGGACGAGAUGGGCGAUGACAUUUGUGAAUGGAGAAACGACGUCGAAAGAAAGGAUAAGUACGAUAAAUCUUUGAUGAAAGAUAUGAAACAUGGAUACAGCGUGCAGCUUACUGAAGACGAAGCGUGAUUUUGGAACAACGUGCUAUCUAUCUCUAUGUGUUACCUGGAUUGCUUGAUCUUUCGGCAACAUGAGAUCGAUCAACCAGGCCACUUGAACUUUUGAAGGUGUAGUUAUCUAGCCCCGCUUUUUUCAAUGCCUCGCCAAGAAGAGGCGUCGUGUGUGUCCCCGUGUCUUGUCUUUGCAGGUUGUGGAUUUGGUUUUUGAUUCAGUUUGCUCCCCCCCUCCCCAUUCUCCUUUUCCUUCUCAAAUUCCAUAGUAAAAACAGAUCAAGAACACAAUGGUAGAAUGUGUGAAUCUAUUUCUUCUUGCUUUUGCUCUAGUUUUGGACAAAUAUUCUUUGUAAUCUUCAGCUAGUUUCUUCUGUAUAGAUAAAUACCUUAAGAUUUUCGACUCUAAAGUACAGUCGAAUGAGUUGUUCUUCUGGCAUCUAUAUGAGCAAUUUCAUCUUCUUUUUUUUUUUGGAAAA